AUGACCGUCUGGUUGAUACUGUCUAUUGGUCUGACAGCCACGUUUAUGGGAAUCUUGGGAGAUAGCGACACGCAAGAGCUUGGAAAAGGAGUUUAUCUCAGGAAGAUUAACUUACUCGGCAACUUUCAAGAAGAAGAGACCAAGGUCUUUGAGGAUAUACCUUCGACCUGCUUUAUAAAGAAAGAUCUGCAUAGCACUGGCAGUUUCUUUGACUACUAUGCGAGCACAAAGGCUUUCUACUCGAAAAUGGCCAUCAGAGCGGGCUUGGACGCUUCGUUGCAGUCUGGCUUUACACUGGGUGCUACACUGAACAGUGUUGCGCAAAAGGUACAUUCAGAACAGUCCAAAGUAAGUGGAAUGUCUUUAAACAUCAGGGCGUUGACAAAAAAAAUCUUUGUAAAGAAAGACUGUCUAGAUGCAAAGGUUAAUUUGUCCCAUUACUUAAUCAUGGACCUGGAACAACUGCCAGAAAAAAUUGAAAGGCCCUGGCACAAAAACUCCUGGAAAUUUUACGAUGUGUUCCUGAAUAAAUACGGUUCCCAUGUUGUAACGUCCGUUAAUCGAGGAGCGAGCAUAAGACAGACGACUUUCGCAGAAAGUUCGAAGUCGUACAGUCAGAGGGAUUUCCAGGUGAAAAGCUGUGUGUCAUUCGCCGGUCCUACGGUCGCGCCGGUAAAGGUCGGCGUCGAGGCAUGUGCAAAUGUCAGCAAAGAAGAAAUAGCAGCUGCCUCCCAUAUGAACACUGCAGAUAAACUUGUUAUUAGAGGAGGAAAAAUGGAGACCCGAAGUGCCCUGAGGACAAAGAGAACCGAAGAACUGAUAGAGAAAUUUUUGAGGGAAGCUAAUGAGACGGACGCAGGUGUCGAACACACUUUCAGAUCAAUAUGGAAUAUUCUGCAAAGCCGCUUUCUUUUUAAACCCGGAUCAGAAUCAAACUACAUCAAAGCUGUAAACCUGCAGUACUACUAUCUUGGAUUCUUGAAUUACGGAUGUUCCUUCGUGGAGGAGGGGGGACUUCACAUGCAAAAAUUUAACUACACCAGAAGCUCCUCCGACAGAUCUCCAGAAUUUGAAUGCACUCUGGCUGCCGAGGGCUGCCAUACCGAUGACGACUGCCAUUACAAGCCAGUAUGGUGUUCAUGUUAUGGGAGAUCGUGCGUUCGUUACAAAACGGUGGAUCAAGAAACAGGUGUCCCUAAGUUCACUGCACAUGCAAACCACGAUAAAAACUGGGGAUGGCAUGGGUGCGACUGGAAAGUCCCUGGAUCUUGGUGCAAAUGCUACAACGACAGAAGAGGAACUCGGAGAGUGGUUUGGACUAUGUUGAACAGAGAUGCAGUGCUGAAAAGCAGUGAAUAUGGCUUUCAAAACAAUUCCAGGCUUCAAGAUCAAAGAGCGGAAGCUACAGAUCAUGAUGAAGAAAUUACCGACGGUUUAAUCAAGGGUGCCAUAGAUCUGAGCCAGGAAGCUGCAGACCUGGUCAAAAACGGUACAGGUCAAAUCAGAGCAGGUGAAGAUCAUCGAGCGGAAGGUGCAGAUGAAGGCAGGGAAUCUAUAAUAGUCAUAUAG